AUGAAUGCCCAGCAAACAGACAGCCAAGCCCCUUGCUGCCCUGCAAAGCCCAAAAUCUGUGGGCAUGACAAAGCUAGUGGAGAUGUUAAAGAAACCUUUGCCAGAGCAAGAAAUGGACAAUACAGGCUUUUAAAAAUAGUUAUUGAAAAUGAGCAGCUUGUUGUGGGAUCUGCUAGGCAGUCUACUGAAUCAUGGGAAAAGGAGUACGAUUCCUUUGUUCUUCCUCUUCUUGAAGACAAGCAACCAUGUUAUAUAUUAUACAGAUUAGAUUCUCAGAAUGCUCAAGGAUAUGAAUGGAUCUUCAUUGCAUGGUCACCAGAUCACUCUCAUGUUCGUCCAAAAAUGUUGUAUGCAGCAACACGGGCAACACUGAAAAAAGAAUUUGGAGGUGGACAUAUUAAAGAUGAACUUUUUGGAACAAUAAAGGAUGAUGUUUCACUGAAUGGCUACAGAAAGUAUUUGCUAUCACAGUCAUUCCCUGCACCUCUGACUGCAGCAGAAGAGGAGCUUCAGCGGAUUAAGAUUAAUGAGGUACAAACAGAUGUUGGUAUAGAUUCCAAACAUCAGACUCUGCAAGGGGUAGCAUUCCCAAUAGCUAAAGAAGCUCUCCAGGCUUUGGAAAAACUGAAGAAUAAGCAGAUCAACUAUGUGCAACUGCAAAUUGAUAUAAAAAAUGAAACCAUUGUUUUGGCCAGCACGCUUCAUACUGAACUUAAUGAUUUGCCAAACAGAAUUCCAAAGGAUUCUGCGCGCUAUCAUUUUUUCCUCUAUAAGCAUUCCCAUGAUGGAGACUAUUUGGAAUCCAUAGUUUUUAUCUACUCUAUGCCUGGGUAUAUGUGCAGUAUACGAGAACGGAUGCUCUACUCAAGUUGCAAGAACCCACUUUUAGAAAUUGUAGAAAGUCAGUUGUGGAUGCAGAUUAUCAGGAAGAUUGAAAUUGAUAAUGGUGAUGAGUUAACUCCUGAGUUCCUUUAUGAAGAGGUUCACCCAAAACAACAUGGCCACAAACAAAGCUUUCCUAAACCAAAAGGGCCUGCAGGAAAAAGGGGGAUCCGAAGACUAAUUAGGGGUCCAGCAGAAACUGAAACACCUACUGACUGAAGUUUGUUCUCAUGGAGGUAAUAAGGCAUUACUGUAAGAGCUCAAAAAUUCCACUUCACUAAUGAAUUGAAAUUUUCACAUUGAUCUACACUAGUAAAUACAGCUUUUUUCUCCCAAAGCACCACUUAUCUCACUUUAGAAUCUAUACUGUUCAUAGGCUGUGGAACAGUUGUUCAUUAUCAGUUCAAAACUAUUAUUUUAAAUUUGAGCUCAUUGUUUAAUAGCUAUACACUUUAUUAUCUCUCUCUCUCUCUCAAUCUCUAUCCUGAAUAUUGUUUCCACUUACACUGCGAUGAGUUUCAUACUGUUGAAUUAAAGGUAACUGUGGGUAUGGAUUUCCAAAUCUUUACUUUUACAAGUAGCUCACUGAAACAAGUGAAGACUAUAUGAGAAGGUUUGCAGGACUACACUUGACUGUCAUCAUCCCAAAUAAUUAUUUAUUUUUUCCUUUAACUAUCAGAAAACAAAAAAAAUGUAUUUACUGUCUGCCUGUUUUUGAGGAUUUUUAGAUGAGAUUGAAUGAGAAUCUAUUCUAUUUUGGAAUAAGAAUCUAUUGUAUUUUGAUGCUGAUGUUCAGGAAUAGCCAGAUUAUUUUUUUCACAGAAAUGAUUGGCUGCUCCCAAUUAAUUUCUAAUAUUGUGCAAUUACAUAAUCUUAGAGAAGUUUGAAAGAGAGAGCACUAAAAUCCUUCUUAUUUUUAUACCACUAAUAAAGCUUGUAUGUUAAGUACUGUAUGAUCAUGUAAAACAUCACAAAUUUGCACGUCUGUACAUUUUAGUGGAUUAUGAAGCUGCUAUAAAAGCACAAAAUGUUUUCAGUCAUGCUGUUAAACUAGAUUACGUGUACAGUCUGACUCAAAAGUUUAAGCUUAGUAAACACUGAAAUAGUAUUACCUCAUGAUACUGAAUCAGUUCUUUGAGUGCAAAUUGAUCAGUUGAUUGCAAACUGUUUCCCAGUGCUUAUGCAGUUCCUACUGCAGUGAUGAUAAAAAUGUUCUGAAGGUAAUUUUGAAACGUCCAACUUGAUCUGUUUAAGGAAAAAAAAAACACAAAAAAACUGUUGGCAGAACCUGAUUAGUCUUCCAGUCUUUUUUUCUAAAUGAACUGUUAAAGGAGAGUCUAAAGUUUGUUCGUACAGAUGUAAUCUAUUUAGCAGUAAAACUAAGUAUAAACAUUUUAUAAAAGGAAGGGAAACAGUGGUGUUAGACAUGAGUUAGUAAGUAAGCUUCAGUGAUUUAAAAUAUGCUUCAAUGGGACAAGUAAUCUAGGGGAUAAGGUAUAUCCCCAACCAGUGGGAACACUUUUUUGUGUUUUGAGCUUUUUUUGAAGAGCUAAGUGGAUUUCAGGUCUUUUAUCAUUUCAUAGUGUAGCAUAACCAACAUCUUUACUAUACAUAUAUGUCUAUACACAUAUGUAUAACAUAGGUGGGUUAUGCACAUAACAUACCUAUGUCACACAUUCUUACACAGUGGGGAAAGUAUUUUAAUUUAAUUUUCUAGGGUGGACACAUUGAUAUAACUACUUCCUAGUAUAUUUACUUUAGCUGCAACUGUUAUUUUCAUUGGAAUCAGUGACUAGUUACUGAACCUGUUGGGACUUCACUGGACAAUUCAAAGAUUGCAAUAGAGUAUUUUAACAUCUAUUUUAUUAAAAUAGAAAUGUUUUACUUCAGUUGUCUUUUUUUUACACCUUUAUACAUUUGUUUCAGUGCUGCCAUGUACUUCUCUGACCAUCAGUUAAUUCCCCUCCUUCCUUUCAUAGUGAGUUUUUGUGUGACUCUCUAGGCUUUUCCAAAGUAAAUUUAGAUCAGGAAGUAUUUUUUUUUCUUUUGGAAUUUAUUUUUUGUUCCUUACACUCAUCUAUCAGAUGUCUUGCUCUUUAAUUAAAACACAGGGUAUGUAUAACAUUAAGUACUAUAGAAAACAACUGUGAUCUCCUGAACUACACUUUUUGUAGAUGUGAUCCACUUCUUAGUAUACCUAGAGGAGCAAAAACUAAGCCCCUUUUCCAGUUUUGUGUCAAGAAAUUUAGAACUGGUUAAACUGAUAUUCUUUCUCUCCUGCACCAGAAAAAAACCAUGCAGGCUUCUCCUCCACCUCCUUGUCACAAGCUCUAUAUCUAUAAAGAAUGUUUUACACUUUCUGGAGGAUGGGUUGGAAAGAUUUGGACCCUUUUCUAAAUCAUCAAGCAGCUGCUGUUGGGGGAGGGAGAUGUAUCAGAUCUCUUCCCCAGUUGCUUAAUGAGCUGUUUUGGAGCUCAACCAAAAACAAACAUCAACCUGUUGCUUUUUUAAAUUUUCUUUAAAAUACUGACUGACAGUCACCAUGUUCUGUAGAGGUCCCUCUGAGCUUGCAGCAUGGAGUGUGACUGAUUACUUUCCCACCAUACCCUACCCCUAAAAGAUGAGACCACAGCCUUUAUUAAAGAUUCCCCUGGAACAGAAAACAGCCAAAACAUGGAGUUAGUUGAAUAGAACCUUACAGUACACAUACCAAAUGAUUCAUUCCAGCUACAUUAAUUUGACCUAUCAUAGACCAUUUCUAGAGGAAAAGAGGGAGAAGUAUCUUAUUCAACUUCUAUCAUGGUUGUAUCUGAAUAAGUACCCACCUUGUAAUACUAUACAGGCACAUAAUUGCUAGUGAAUACUUAGCAAAACACAAAAUAAGAGCAUUAAUAGAAGCUAGGAUUGAGGUUCCUUGAAAUGUUAUUUGGUUUAAACACUCCAUUCUUAAGUGCUGUUUGAAUUAAUAAAGCAUACGGGGAAAGAUGAAGCUGCUAACAAUGCAUGUCAGAAAUUUAACAUGCAAGUCAAAAACUCUACCUUACUUAUAUUUAUUUCAACGAUUCAGAUGACAAGUACAGAGAGAAUUAUUUUUGAAUCGCCCACUUAUGAAAGGUAACAAUGAGGAAAAGAAGGUCUUUUAAAAUAAUAGUUCGACUCCUGUUGGAGAGAGAACUAAUCAAGCUAUUAAUUCCACUACCAUUGAGAUAGUUAAUGCACUUACAAGUGAUGACAGACUAUAGAAACCUCUGCCUCUGAUCUAUAUGUACUGAAUGUAAAACACCUUCAAAUGCUUCAGAUAAAACUGUACUUUAAUUUCUGUUUUGCAAUUUCACUUUAUAAAUAAAGACUGAAGUUUAUAA